ACCAGUCCGCUCUUGCAGGUUUUCUGUAUUUCAGUGCUUUUCGGCUGUUGUGCACGCAGAUAUGCCGUUCAAAGUAGGACACAUGCUUAUAUCAAUUUGCGCGUUAACAGUAAUUAAUUGUGAAGUGGCCAAAAUGAACGAUGGGUCUGACCUUGCUGUUCUUCAAGCUGAACUGCAGUGCCGAUAUAUGAACAACUCUGACCCGUCCGAGGACACCAUUCUUGAUACCAUUGAUGCUGGGAUGCUUCUGACACGUUUUACUGAACUGAGAAAAGCCAGUCGUGUUUGUUUGCCAAAGCCAUGCGACAAGCUAAGGGCAUAUUCUGGAUAUAUUCCUGUUGACAAAAGCAACAAAUCAUCGUACUUGUUUUUCUUACAUAUCAAGUCUGAGCCCGAUUCCGGAAAACCUCUGCUUUUAUGGCUGCAAGGUGGACCUGGAAAAUCCUCGCUUUUUGGACAGUUUCUUGAAAACGGACCCCUCGGAAUUGAUGCCGCAGGAAAACUUUACUACAGAGAACACACCCUACUAAAUAAUUUCAACAUUAUUUACCUGGACCAGCCUGUUGGAUCCGGAUACAGCUUCAGCGAAACGAAAGCAUACCCUUCCUCGCUAGAUGAAGCUUCGACCCAUGUCAUCACAUUUCUUGAGGAGUUCUUGAAAAUUUUUCCCGAAUACAAGGACAAAGACUUUUACAUCGCUGGCGAGUCCUAUGGAGCAAGGUCAGCCGUUGGAGUGGCACAAAUGUUAGUGCCCCAGGCAUCGCGCCCGUUUCCCCUGCACAUUAAAGGAGUCAUGCUUGGCGUCGGAUUUCUUUUCCCUCUGAUGGAUAUCAUCAAUUCAACCGACUUCCUCUACUACACCAGUCUACUUGAUGAUUGCGGUCGCAAUUUGUUAGCUCAAAGGUUCGAUAUGAUUCAGACGCUUGCUGCAGAAGAACAGCAUAAAGCGGCUGUACUACUCAGCCAAACUGUUCUCAACUUGCGUAUGAAAAGCCAGCAAAGUUUAUUCGAAAGUCUCAGCGGGUUCCAUCACCAUGGAAGCAUCACAACACCUCAAAGGCCGAGGGAAGUUUUGUCGUACAUGAUUUAUGCAAACAGCUCAGAAUUUAAGAAGAGAAUUCACGUCGGUUCUUCGAGGACGCUUGAUGGAACUAGGUAUCAAAUAGCACUAAAAUUAGCGUUAACAGACUUUUUCGUGGACCUUAAGGAUAACCUAACGAAUGUUCUGAACAACGUUCGUGUUCUCUUAUACACGGCGCAACUGGACGCCGUAUUUCCAGCUGUCAACAUCGAGCAGUCUUUAAAGAAUCUGGCUUGGCGGGGGUCAGAAGCGCUCCAAAAAGCUAACCGCACCCACUGGUUCGAUACAAAGUCGUCACUCAAUCUUCUCGGUUAUGUGAAAGAAGCUGGCAGUGUUAUGUGUGCCACAGUUUUGUACGGAGGCCACUAUGUUUCGUUGGAUCGCUCGCGUGCAGUCAGUGAGCUAUAUAACCGGUUUUUGGAGUUCCAAAGUAAGCCUAGCUUACCGGAGGUAAGGAGUUGCUAAUUUAGUUUGCUAUUCUGUCUAGCAAUCAAAGCAAACAAAACUGGGGAAUAUUGCUGCAUUACAAUGUGUUUACGGUAUUUUGACGAAGCUUUGUAGAAAAUGUGGUUUCUUUCGCAAUAUGUAACCAAGUACUCGACGGUUGCACUGCUCCUAUUAAAAAUUUUCGUACACUG